AUGGAGGUUGAGGACAUUGCGGCCUAUUACGAUUCUGAUCCGGAGGAGAGAGCGGAACGGUUGAGAAAGGAGAAGCAAGACCAUCUGGAGGAAAGUGCAGUGGAGGGAAUGCCGGUUGUAGAACAUGUUCCCCAAGAAACGGUAAGAGAAGAGAUAGAUCUCAAUGAAACAGCCAAGAAACAGGGUUUGAUGACUGAUGAGGAGUUCGUGGAGAUUAUGGAUGGAGUGAACCGCAGAGAAGAAGGCACUGCCUCAAUGCCAGAAGGUCAAUUCUCCCAGUCGGUAGGAGAAGUAGAUGGAGUGCAGAAUGAAGAAAGAGGGACUGAGCCCGUGGAGUCCCAACCGAAAGCAGGGGACGAUGAAAUGCAAGUGGAGGAGGAAGGGCCAGCUACAGAAAUCCAAGAACCAGAACCGGUGGCGCCUCCCGGCGGUCCGAAGGCAGAACGACCGAAACCAACAAGAGUUUCACAGAGGUGUUUGGGAAAGUGGGCAGCCAAAAAGGCUAAACCGAACACAGCGGCACAUCCGCUUGAGAUCGUGAGUGAAGACGAACGGGCAACUCCCACAAAGCCUGGGGAGGAGUCCUUACUUGCUGCCGACCCAAGGGAUUCUGCAAUGGGAGUCGAUGAAGCGCCUCAGACACAAGGUGGCCGGGGUGAAGAUACUGAAAGGAUGGCUGAGGGUCUGGACCUCGCAUUCGAGUCAGUAGAACCUGAGGGAUCGGAGGAGAAUGAUACCCAUAUAGAGAACCGUUCCACUGCCCAGGAGGAGUCAUUAGAGAAGAGGAAGCCAGAUACCAAGUAG